AAGUGGUUCCUUCAACAAGAGUUUACGCCAGCCUAUUCCACUCGGCAAACAGAUCCCUUUCCAUCUUGGCGAUGUCGUUUCUCGUCCAGCGGGACUGCAGCCAGCGAAAGCCAGCUGACGAAGAAGUGCCGGAUUUCGAGACGAACGGAGUUUCGAACGAAUAGUUCCCCUCUGGUUGUGCAGCAGGUCGUCGUUCCCUCCGUAGACAGGUCUCUCUCCCCUCCGUCGUCUUCGAUACCUUGUCAUCAGCUGGUCGCCAGAGUCCGUCUAGCGCUCCGGAGCUCAAGAACUCACAAUGAGUGGGCAUGUUGGAGAUUUGUCUCCAGAACAGGAUAAAGCCCUGCAAGAGCUUCGAAGCCGGUGCGCAGACGUAUGGGAAGACAGGUUCGACGAUCAUUUCGUCCUGCGAUGGCUCCGUGCGCGGAACUUCUCGGUCGACAAAGCGGAGUACAUGCUCCGCCAACAUCUCAUCUACAGGAACAAGAUAGACAUGGACAACAUCACCAAAUGGUACAAACCACCCGAGGUCCUGGAAAAGUAUACCCCGGGAGGCAUCACUGGUUACGACCACGAAGGCUGUCCUGUGUGGGUAUUCUGCGCCGGUGACUUUGACAUGCGAGGAAUGCUCGAGUGCCUCACCCCGAGAGAACUCACGAAUCACCUGAUUUAUCUGCUUGAGCUCUGCAACGAAGAUAUGGAACGUCAAAGUAAAAAGUUGGGUCGGAGGAUCGAACGCCGCGUCUUCGUCGUCGAUUUCUCCACAUUCAGUAUGAAGCAAAUCGUGUCCAAGGUGGUUCGCAGGUUCAUCGGACGUGCAGUUUUCAUCUACGAGAGCAAUUAUCCUGAAACUUUGAAGAAGGCCUAUAUCGUGAACGCCCCUUCAUUCUUCCCGCUGUGUUGGAAAAUUCUCCGCCCACUGUUAUCCGACUGCACGGCGAGCAAAGUAGAAAUAUAUGGAAAAGAUGGUUGGCAGAGUGAAAUUUUCAAAACCAUGGACAAGGAUCAAGUGCCAGUCCAUUUCGGAGGCACUCUCGUCGGGCCCACGGGUUGCCCCCGCUGCUCCGAAUGGCUGCCACAGGGCGGUCCAAUACCCGAGAAAUACUAUCGUCAGAACACGACCUUGAACGGGGAAAACGCCAAAACAAUCAAAUUGUCCAAACGAAGCUCACAUAAAAUUGAGCUGCCCGUCGAAAACGAAGGAAGCGUAAUAAACUGGACGUUCAGGACGAACGGUCACGAUCUUGGUUUUGCGCUCCUACGAAAGAAAAACGACGGCUCCCUAGAAGGAUGCGUGCCUUCAACUCGAGUAGACUGCCAUGUUCUUCCGGAAGAAGGUUUCUAUACUUGUAACGUCAGCGGCACAUAUAUCUUCAAAUUCGACAACUCGUACUCGUGGUUCACGGACAAAACAGUCACCUUCGACGUCAAUGUGGCUCCUCCGAGCGAUGAAUUGGAGAAAACUUCGUCUGUUGCGCUGGAGAACCAAAUCAAAAUAGGAUAGUCAGCGCCUAGUUCCAGAUGAAAUAUACAUAAAUACAUAUGUAUAUAUUUGAUCAAAUGAACAAUCAUCCUAGUUUACGAUCCGACUGAUGAGAGUCCGAGGAAGUGCGGGACUUUCCGCCCUGCUGGACUUCUCGAGGGGCGACAUCAUCCCAUCGUGAACCAUGGCUCAAUUGGCACCUGCACGUGCAGUCCAAUCGGAGAGAGCGAAUUCACGGAAAAAAAAUCGAGCAUCCUAGAUAUUCACACGGCAAGCCGACACUGGCAAGAACCACACCCAAGAGCCGUUACGCAAUCGUUAAGCCGGCGGCUCACUCAGUGAUAUUUGAAGUUGAGGUAGCGACGUCGAGCUGUUCGACACCACGGUGCUCGAAGCGAGGAGACCGAUGUGAAUGGUUUAGAAGUCAAUCCGAAGAACACGGCAGUCUAUGACACGUAUGAAUCAACCAUGUCCAACUUGCUCCUGCGAGAUAUCGUAUGAAUACAGCCUAGACCGAGCGAAGACCGGAAGAAUCCGAGUCGGAUUGUUUCUCCGAGUACUUGCGUUCGCGCUCUUCUCGAAAACCUAGAAUUAUUGAUGCAACACUCUUAUUUUUGCCUCUUCAAUAUGACUCUCUCUCUCUAAGAAGGGGGAGCUGAUAAAACUUAGCAGUCGAAAUAGGGGCCCAAGACCCGAUAUAGUGAGCAGCUUUCGGAAUAGUCAAUUUUCGUACUCACGUACUUUAAACUCCAUCCUGUUACUUGAUCGUUUGUUUUGCUUAUUCAAUAUUCGGAGGUCCAGCUCCCGACACGAGCUACGCAGUUAGCUAGCUGCGUCGAACGCUGUCAUCGUGUCAGGCGGAGGGAGUAUAUAAAGCCUGAAUGUGCAUUCACAGCUCUAGCAUUAGGAUUGCUCCGUGGACGAUCGAGCUGAACGAUGAAUCCAUCGACCGACGAGCACGGAAAGAUCGGCUGUCGUUCUAGUGCUCGGAAAUAGAAACGAGAUAUCUUCGGAGGGUCUUCCCGCUGUUCGCUCGACCGAACAGAAAUAAUGUAAAGAUGACCGGAUCAUCUAUUCCAUGUUAUUCAGAAACGUGAAUCUUCCUCAUGACGUGCACGUUCCUGACUGUUUUCUCGAAGUCAGCAAUCAAGCAUUAAAGUUCUUU